AUGGCGCUGAACUCUAACGGCGAAGAUCUUCUUUAUACUUUAGCCUAUGAGUGCGAAAGUCAAUUCAAUAAACUAAUCCAAGCUCUCCAGAAAGCAAAACCAGAGGGUUUAAUUGUAGAGUUAUGCUCUGAAUAUCAGCAACGUUUCGCUAUAUGGACGGCUUAUCUCGGAGUCUUUGCUCGAAAGAGCCAGUGCUUAGAUACAAGACUCCGGAAGUUCCCAGACCUUCAAGAUCUUGUUGCUCGAUUAUUGGAUAUCCUCUGCCGCAGUCUACAGAGCCUGCAGCACUGUUUAGCCGAAACGGCCAAACAGACAGAGAGGCGGUUGGUGUUGACGAGCGACAAUGGAAAUCCGCAUGGAGCUUCUCAAAUGCAGACAACAGCCUUGGAAACGAUAGACAAUACUAUCACUCGAUUAAAUCGGCUAGGGAUUACUAUUCGCCAGUCAAGCAUUAGCAAAAUCGACAUGAAAGCUAAACAUUUCGCCGCAGGUCCAAAUAUGGAUUCAUUCGCAUGUUUAUGCGUCAACGCCGUACAGGCUUUAUAUCCAGGUGCUAGCCAGCCUCUCAAAGACUAUCUUAGCGAGUCGAUGAUUAGCAGAUAUGCAAAAAUGUCAUUUUCCAGUUUUCGCAAUCAGAAUCUUAAGACCCGCCGAGGAGCUCUUCCACCAAUUGAAGAGAUACCUGGCGACGAGGCACAGACUGAUGUGCAUAUGACUCCAUCUUCGGAAAAGGUACUGCACUCAGCUGUAUCUCGUUUUCGAGGGGGGCGCAAUGCCCCUACUGUAUCUGACUCGUCCAGUGUUGACCCUCGACAAAUUAUGAGUCGGGGUAGGCAGCCUGAUGAAGCAUCGACAAAGUUGUAUAAAACAUCAUCGAUUCAAGUCAAACAGGGCAACUAUCCACAGCUGCCUAGAACAGACGAAAACAACAGUAUUUUCGCAUGUUCAUGGUGUGGUCAGCCAUUAAACAAGAAUAAUCUCUCAGAAACAGACUGGCGUCAGCACAUAGAUCAAGACCUUAAACCUUACGUUUGCCUAUCUGAAGAGUGUUUGGAUGCGCACUCGGCUUAUCCAACGUUUAACCAGUGGCAUAGGCAUAUGGAGCUUCAUGAUUGGCGAUGGUACCAAAAGAGUUACUUAACAUCUAGCUGGGUGUGCCCCCUCUGUGGACCCUCCAAUAACGCAUAUACGGACUCAAACGCCCUGUACCUGCACUUGACUAAGUCUCAUGAUGAUGGUUUCUCCGCUACAGAGCUUCAGGCUAUUUCACGGCAGAGCAAAGUCGAGCAACAAAGAGCCCGGAAUGACUGUCUUCUGUGCUGUUUCACAAUAGACGAGCGUAACAACAAGGAUGCGUCAACUGGUUCUAAACGACGGCGACGAAAGCAAAAGCAAAAGGUUACCAAAAGCCUUAGAGCGAAUUUGGAGAUGACAAGCCCUGGUUAUCAUACUUCGAAUUUUGACUUGUCAGACACUUCUUCUGACUCAGACAACGAAGAUUUAGAUGAGCGAAGACGAAAAGAGCAUUCAAACGCUGUAGCACGACAUAUAGCGGCACAUUUGCAAGUGUUAAUGCUCUUGACACUCCGGUUCGCAGCUCUGCAGAGCGAUGGCGAGGAUCUGUAUGAUGACAUCAAAAGCAACUCAGUUGAUACCGAUGAGAGAAACAGCGCCGACUCCGAAGAUGCUGACCUAGAAAGACUAUCUCAUCUAAGUUCUCUAUCAUUCACCACUGAGAAAGAUACAGAUGAUGGGAAUCAAGAGUUGGAAGAGAUUGGGCUCUUAGAGCUGCAACUGCAGAGCGCGCAACAAGCUGCAGCAGAAGGUCUUCAGAGACAAGCAUACAUGGAGAGGGUUAAGCGUGAGCAGGCUCAAGCUAGAGAGAUCCAAAUGCGCCAACAAGCUGAAAGGCAGCGGCAAGAUCAAUACCAGGAACGUUUGAUGCAGUCACCGCGAUCGCCACAGCCGCCGCUAGGACAAUACCACGACUAUGAUCCGAUAGACCCGUAUGGGGACCCAGGCUCUCCUCAGAUUAAGGCCGUGCAUCCCAGACUCGAACCAACCGAGAGCCCUCCCUGGGAUUUCCCAAUUGCUUCAGCUAGUCUUCCUCCUAUUGGCGGCAAUGCUAAGUCUAAUCGCCCAAAGCUCCAACCUGUAUCUGGUGAUACUGUCCUCAUCUCCUAUCUUGGCAAAGGUCGUAAUCCCGAGAUGGAACAUACCGCGAGCCACCAGGCGCUACCCGGCGGAGAUAACCUUAAAACCACCGAAGACAAAGAUAACUCCCAGAAGAGUGUCCCUCAAGACGCCAAAAGCGAUAGCACACAUCAUCUCCAAGCUUUUGCUGCCAAAGCGUUAGCGCUCGACUCGCCUUCGCCUUACCACAGCCAGGAUAGGGACCCAACGGCCUCGACCUGCCAACUCUCCAUUUAUAACAAUAGCCCUAGCGCAAUGGAAAAUAGCACGCAGUCUUUAUUAUCGCCCGAGUCCGGCGAGCUGGCUCCGUUGAAAAUAGAUUCUCCCAAAACCGAUAGUAACAGCAGCCAGAAUUUAACGCUACCAUCAAUUCGUGAAUUAACGGAUAUUGAGAUUCAAUUUGCGAUAAAGAUGCGUCCACCAUCCGGCGACAGGGACCCAAAGGCCUCAACCGGCUAA